AUGGGUGUCCAGCUCAAAGGAAAUGGCCCCGGGGAGGCACCUAUGAACCCAGAGGUUGCGGUUCCUCUUUUUGUUGUCGGGGGACUUGUGGCCAUUGCCUUUUUAUACCGGACAAUUAUUCGAAUUCGACAAAGACAGAGAGCGAAAUUGGCUCUUCAGACGGAUGACCAGGCCCAGAUUUCUCAUACAAAUGGCAUAAAUGCAAGCCUCAAGAAGCAUCUGCUCUAUGCGCCACUUUGGGGCUCACGGCAUAGCCGAGAGUUCCGGUUUCUUAGGCUGCAUAUGGGAUCGGUUCCCUUGAGACUUGAAGUAAUCCUUUUGAUUAUUUAUCUUGCUCUCAAUAUCAUCUUUAUAAUUGUGACAGUUGAUUGGUGGGAACCUUUCACCAAGAAGAUGUUUCAACUGAAGUACGCUGCGGGCCACUUAGCAGUGAUGAACACACCGGGUCUAGUUAUUAGUGCUGGACGAAACAAUCCUUUGAUUUCUAUGUUGGGGCUGUCAUUUGAUACAUUCAACUUCAUGCAUCGUUGGGUUGGACGCACUAUUGCGGCAAAUGCUAUUAUCCACAUGAGUGCUGUUUUAGCAAACCAAGCUUAUAUGAAUGGCAUGGAUUACAUUCUUUAUACCAUUUGGCAGAUGCCGUUUUAUAUAUAUGGACUAGUGUCACUUUCCCCACUUCGACACUCUUUCUACGAAUUAUUUCUUCAUUUACAUGUCGCACUGGCUGUCAUGUCAUUCGUGGCUCUAUGGUACCACCUAAAGAACCUUCUGCAACAGAAGGUAUUACUGGGCACUCUAGUUCUGUGGGGAUUAGAUAGAGCCACUCGGCUUCUAGUUCUUAUUUGGAGGAAUUGUGGCAAGCGCCGUACAACGGCUACAGUCGAGGCCCUUCCAGGUUCUGUGGCCAAAGUCGAAGUUGAAGUCUCCCGAGCCUGGAACUUUCGUCCUGGUCAAUACAUGUACUUGUACAUGCCAUGUCUUGGCCUCUGGACCUCACACCCAUUUACUGUUGCUUGGACAUCGACCAAAGACUCUUCUUCACUGGAUCUAAGCGAGAAGCGCAGCUCCACAGACUCUUUUGCUACCCUUAUCGGCGGAUCUGAAACAACAACUAUGUCUGUCUUAAUUAAAGGUCAAGAUGGCUUUACCAAAAAGCUCAUUCAGAAAGCUGAGGACUCCCCUGAGGGGAGAAUUAAGGCUAUGGCAUUAGCAGAGGGUCCAUUUGAUCAUUUAUCAUGGAUUCAAGCAUGGAUGCUCGAUAUCUUAGGACACGACGCACUCAACACCAUGAUCGACUCCAAGGGCGACACCUAUUUCCAAUUUCCCGGCCUCAUGCUGUCUAUUCGAAUCCAUGUGACAGGACACAAGGAGAACGUUGAAGAAUUUCUUCCAUUACCGGAAACCCCUUGGACAGAAUGCGCGCCAUCCAAUGUUCCUGUAGCGGUUGAGUACGGCAAGCCGUGCUUCAAGACAUUACUGGAGAAUGAGAAAGCGGAGCAGGUCGGUGCUUUGGCAGUCAGUGUCUGUGGCCCUGGUGGCCUUGGCGACAGUGUUCGGGAAGCUGUUCGGAAUGUGCAAGGCGAGAAGACUGUUGAUCUUUUUGAAGAAGCCUUCUCGUGGUGA